UGAUUUGAUCUCAACUCGAUCGCCUCUUGCUCAACUCAAAGUGACCUACUCUUACGCUCAUAUCAACAUAGAUAUACACAAAAUGACGGACGCAAACAAAGGCGCCAACAUCACCCUCUACUGGCUGGAGCAAUCCCGCUCCCAGCGCAUUGUCUGGCUCUUCGAGGAACUAGGCCUCACCUACAACCUGAAGACCUUCAAGCGCACAUCGGAGAUGCUGGCUCCCCCGGAGCUCAAGAAGAUCCAUCCGCUGGGCAAAUCGCCCGUCAUCACCAUCGAAACCGAGCAGUCCGAGAAACCGCUCGUGCUUGCCGAAUCGGGUAAUAUCACCGAGUACCUGUGCGACCAUUUCGGCGGCGAGAAGCUGAUCCCCAAGCGCUAUCCCGAGGGCAAGGAGGGCGCUAUCGGCGGCGAGACGGAGGAGUGGAUGCGCUAUCGGUACUUUAUGCACUAUGCCGAGGGUACUUUGAUGCCGUUUUUGGUGUUUCAGUUGGUUAUGGAUCGUAUGAAGGAUGCCCCUGUUCCGUUCUUCAUUAAGCCCAUUCCGAGGUUUGUUGCGUACAAGGUUGAAGAGGCCUUCCUUUCUAGGAACAUCUUCGGGAACUUUGAUUUCCUCGAAGAGCGCCUGAAGACUGCCCCUGGUGGUGGACCGUAUCUCUGCGGACAGCAGUUGACUGCGGCUGAUAUUAUGAUGAGCUUUCCGCUCAUUGCGGCGUCGUUGAGGUUGCCACUGAAGGAGAAGUAUCCGCAUCUGGCCAAGUAUGUGGAGAUGAUCCAGGCUGAGGAAGGCUACCAGAGGGCUGUGAAGAAGGUGGAGGAGAUUGACGGGAAGUUCCAGGCUUCCUUGUGA